AUGCAAAAAGGUGACAGCUACAGCGAGAGUAGAAUAGCAGAUAGAAUAGUUUGCCAAGAACCAACUAAGCAGCUAGGACCUUCAAAGAAAGGAUCAACCAUUAAAGUGCCUAUCACCUUUCAACCUUUGAAAGCUGGUGUUCAAGAACUUGGAAAGUUCAUGAAGCUACGUCUCCAGUAUGCCUCCAAGCCCGUAGCAACCAGACCUCCAGUAAUUUCCAGAGCAACCCAGUCUUCUAAGCCUCUUCUCAAGUCAACUUACUCCUCAUCAUCAUCAUCCUCCACCUCUUCCUCCUUUUCGUCAUCAUCAUCUACCUCUUCCAUUACCUCUAAAACAUCCUCACCUGCCAUCAUCACCGCAUCCACAUCGUCUCCAUCAUUACCGAUCUCCGAGCCACCAUUGUCAUCUCACGAGGAGUCUGAGAUGCUUGUUUCCAAGGAAAGAGAUUCAAGUCCUAGCUUGCCUCAUUGGAUGUUCAGCAUGGGACCAAACAGCGCCCUUGUUAAGAAAGGUGGUUUUACCAGGCAGAUGUCACUUGCGACACCAAGCUCUCAUCCUAUCAAGAAGUUUUUAGCUGGAAUCAGAUCACACUCUUUUAGCGGUGAGUCGGGAAGUGAUGUGUGUCACCAGGACAACCAUGAUGACAAUAUCCCAAGAGAUAGAAGCUCUGGUAGUGAUCCUGGAAUCAGACCUUUACAGAAGAAAGUUCAACUCGAAACGAGCUCAGAAGACACAGGCCUCAGUGUGGAGAGGAUUGUCAAACACAGGUCUCAAGUUUACAUCACACCCUGAUACUUCUUCUUGAUUCCUUUAGUAUUAAAAAGACUUUGCAUCCACUUGGUCUAUAAGCAGAUGUCUAAUUCUCGGAUCAUCUCAAUUUGUUGUAAUUGCUGUUUGGUCUUGAGUACAAUAUGUCUAAUACAUGUACCAACUUUGUCAAAUUUUUAUUGAGUCUAAUUAGCCCAUAUUGUAUUAGACUAUCUGAGGAUUAGUCCUUAUGGUAUUAGACUAUCUGAGGAUUAGUCCUUAUGGUAUUAGACUAUCUGAGGAUUAGUCCAUGUGGUAUUAGACUAUCUGAGGAUUAGCGCAUGUAGUAAAAGACUACAUGUAUGUGAUAACUGCUUGUAGACCAAGUGAAUAUAAACCUACAAUUUUAAAAUUUUUGUUGAGCUUAAGGAGUCACGAUUGGACAACAUUCUCUAAUUAGAUAUUCAGACUGCUUGACAAGAUAUGUAUAACUUUUAGCUGAUGUACAUGUACUUAAUAGUAUACAAAUAAUGCACGUAAGCGCGUGCAUGCAGGGCCAAAUAAUGAACGAUGUGCGAGAAGAGCCAAUGGAUAUACCGCACCAAGGUCCGAAGGACCGAGUGCGGUAUAUCCAUUUGGCGAGUCGAGCACAGAGUUCAUUAUUUAGGUCCUAUAUGCACAGGAAUGCAUACAUUGUUUGUUUUAUACAACCCCCUCCUCUCCCAUGUUACUGAGUUGCCCCGAAUACUAUUAUUUUAUUUAUAUUCUAGAUCAUUCCAGACCUCGUACUAUCCUGCACUUUGACGUCAGAGUGCAGGAUAGUGCAUUUUGGAUGCAAUAGUGCAAUUCGCUGAAUAUCAUGUGAUCCGAUUUGGACCAAUCAGAUUACAGAACAUUCUUGGGAGUUGUAUAAAUUUGGGUAUCUUCCUUGGCUUGACAUUGUCCAGUUGUGAGAAAUGUCAUGAAAAUUUUUUUAGAUCAAUUUCAGUCAUCCCUUGCUUCAUGAAAUGCUGACAAGUCUUCAGUCUUCAAUGCUACAGAAAUUGUAGUAACUGACUGGCUGAGAGCAAUUCUUUGAGAAAAAAAAGUGAUAAACAAGGUGUGUGAUACAGGUUCUGUAUGGUUUACACUAUAGUUACGGAAUCUAUUAUAGUUAUGAUACAUAUCAUCAAGGGCAUUAGUAAGAAUUGGUAUGAAUUAUUAUUGUACAUGUACAUGUACAGUAUCCCCCGAACAGAGUUCGGAGGAUACUAUGGAUUUGGCCUCGUUGCGCCGCCUCCGCGGCAGCAGAGAUUUCCUUGUGCGUGCUCUAUCAGCUGCAUUUCUUCUCCGAUCAUCUUCAAAUUUGGCAUGAAGGUCGAGUAUGGUAUAGCGAAGCCGCCUAUCGAUGUUGGUAUGGGCAGAGACAUCGUUGCCAUGGUAACAAGAGUUUUUGUAGAAAUAGCAGAGAUGUCCUUAUGAGCGCUCUACCAGCUGCAUUUCUUCUCUGAUCAUCUUUGAAUGUGGCAUGAAGGUCCAUUAUGGUAAAGCAAAGCCGCCUAUUGAUUUUGCUGUGGGCAGAGACAUUGUUGCCAUGGUAACCAGAGUUUUUGAGGAAAUGGCAUAGAUGUCCUUGUGAGUGCUCUACCAGCUGCAUUUCUUCUCCGAUCAUCUUCAAAUGUGGUAUGAAGGUCCAUUAACCCCCUCGACGCUUCGCUCGAUAUUUAUGAAGUCUCGCGCAACUUUUGAGACCAAAUUCGCGACCUACGGGUAUAGCAACAUGACUUUAUACGAGACAGGGUCAUGCCGAAAAUGGCUCAUUUUUAUACUUUGUGUACAAAGUCUAUGGGAGAUGAAAUUCAUAAAAGGGUGAUUAUUCUUCAUUCUAAUGGUCUGUUCAACUAAUUUAGGGUUUAAUUUAGUUGUUACAUGGUCUGUAAUAAUUUUCAUUGAAAAAACAAUGAAAAAAAACAAAAGAUGAAAAAAACAAGGAAAUUAGUUUACAAAGAUGACCUCUGGAAAAAAAAAAGGAAAUUUGAAGUGAAAUUGGGUGUUAAAUAUGCAGUUUAUGUUUUUCACGAAUAAAUUUGCAUAUUUUAUUCAUAAUAAAUAAAAAUUAAUGAUUUUCAGAAAUUGUUCUUUGUACUGGCUUGUAGUUUAUGCGGUAAAGAAUGUGCAUGCCGAAUUUCGGCGCGAUCACGCAAAUGGCUGAGAUCAGAAGGGGGGGCCAUGCCCGGCCAUCAUGCCCCCAACGCCUCAGAAUCUAGCAAAGAUAUGAAAAAACAAGGAGUUGUUCCAUGCAGUAAGCUAUGAAAAAGGAGCAAAAAUAUUAAAGCGAAAAGCAAAAUCCCACAAGCGCACAUGACCUUGGGCUUUUGCACCUUCAUAUUUACUGAGCACCAUGAAUUAAAUCGUAUUGUGACGUCACCUCCUAAAGCCGUGCCAUGGUACAUUUUGGAUGGUAUGCCGUGUGUGCAACGGUACGAAUGUUUGACAUUCAGCCUCCCAUUUGCUCGCGUACUACAAGCUAAGUAGGCGUUGUACAAUUGAUAUUAGAUAGAACUAAUGAAUGGACAUCAUUGUGACAGGCUGACUGGUACCUUUGGAACAGUUCUGUUUGGACUUUUUCUAAUUUUUUAAUUAUUAUUCUAAUACCAGAGCAAAAUUAUUUCCUUGUAUAAGACAGUGAUGUGGAUCCUAUAUAAACCAUCCUCAUCUCAAAACCAUGACCAAUCAAUAGUUAUUAACAAUUUUUUCUGUUCACAAAUAUAAAUUACUGGUCACAUGAUGUAUUUCAUCCAGCCAUUUGAUUAGAAUAAAAACAAUACUGUCUCUCCUUUAUUUCAAGCAUGAUGACUAAGUAAGAUUUUUUAUACGCCCGUUCUACGGGACGUAUUAUGGUAACACGAUCGGUGUCCAUCCGUCCUUUCCUUAACUUUUCAGUGUAAACGCGAUAACUUCAGAUUAAAUUAACUUAACCUGGGGUCAUAUAGUUUGGUGUGUAUGAUACUAGCAUGGACCCCAGGAAGCUUAUUGAUUUUGAGGUCAGAAGGUCAAAGGUGAAGUCGCCACCUUCCACUUUUCUUGCUUGACCAAUAACUCCAUUUUCUGCAUUACAGGCAGGCGUAUUAUGUGCUCGCCUAAGCGACACUCUUGUUUAAAGUUAGUUUACAUGUAAGUAAUUUUUUUAAACAGAAUCUUACAUUUCUAAAACCUUCAGUCAUGUGACUUAUGAAUAUUAAUGAGUAUUCAAAUAGCUACCAAUGUACCCAUGUAUAGAGUCCAUCAGAUGACAAUAAAAUUCUUUGAUUUUGAUGUGGAAGAGGUUCAUCGUGGUGAAGGAUUGACUAGAUGUAAUCAAUGUAACAAACGUAGUGGGAAAGCGACGUUUCGUCUGCAACCUUUUUUUUUGUACAUAUAUACGGUAGGUGCAACUUUUUCAACACUCUGCAUGUUUACAGUAGCAAAGCUAUGCUGCAAGCUGCAUUGCCUGACGAAGUCUAGCAGCUUGCAGACGAAACGUCGCUUUCCCACUACGUUUGUUACAUCGUGAGACAACUGGUUAUUUCUUCUACUCAAUUCUUUGAUUUUGUUUGAGAAAUAAAAAAUCAACAUACUAGCAAUUUUUUGAAUUACUAACUGUACAUGUACUUUUUCAACUUUUUUUUUUGUACAUAUAUACGGUAGGUGCAACUUUUUCAACACUCAGCAUGUUUACAAUAGCAAAGCUAUGCUGUUGCCUGGGGAUAAAAUGUGUUAAUGUUUUCGCGCAGCGUUAAAUUCACAGCUGAUCAUUAAUUUGCAGAAAUGACAAUAUACAGUUUGUUAUAAAAUACAAAGUCAAAUAUAUUUUAAGAUGCAUGAACUUACAUGUCCCAUUUUUGUUCCUUUUAACCCUAAAUCUCCCAGGGUAUUUUUCAAUCUUGUCAUUCGGGGGGGGGGGGCCAUUAUGGCCCCCCCCCCUUAAGAUCUCAGCCGCGGAUUGCGCAAUCACAACGAAAAUUUGCAUGAUGGUAGAGAAUGACGUAAUCUACGCAGUUGCAUUGGUAAAUUUCACUGAAUUCAUAUAUUUUUAUUUUAUAUGAAUUAAUUAUGCUAAUUUAUUCAUGAAAUCAUACUUUUUGUUCUGAAUCACUAAAUAAAGCUCCUAGAAUGCUAUUUUUUGGUGAAAAUAUUCUUUAUAGCAUUCCUAACGAUUGUGAAUGAAAAAAAUUCUGGUAGCAAGACCGAGUUCUUAUUAUGUAUUUUAUUGUUUUUUUAAUUUUUUAUGUAUUUCUCUGUUUUUUUUACUUUUUGUUUUUUUAUUGUUUUUUUGAUGGAAAUCGUUCCAGACUUAAUUCUGAUCAUAAACAAGGCAAAAUUAAUUAAGUUUAAGCAGUAAAAGUAGAAAUACUGAUACAUUUAUGAAUUUUGGCUAAAUACACAAUUUGCAUUGGAUUUGUACAUGAAAUCACGUUUAUGAGUAAUUUUGGGUCUGACAUGCACUUACAUAAUGUUGCGUAAUGUCAUAACCGCGUACCCGGGCAUCACAAAUUUGGUCUCAAGUCAGUGAGCGGCGAGGUCAAAAAAUUUUGCGCUGCAGAUAUAUCGCGAAAAUUGUUGAGGGGGGCCAUUAUGGCCCCCCCGGGAGAAUUAGGGUUAAGGAACAUAUCGGUGUACAAGUUUUAAAGGGGAAUCCAGCCUUGGCCAUAAAAUGUUAGAAAGGACAAAUAACUAAAACAGAUUGGUGAAAGUUUGAAAGAAGUCAGACAAGCCAUAAGAAAGUCAUUAGUGCUAUAAAAUCGAGAUGGGACACUGUAGAUUUCAAAUUGGCAACUGGGUUUAUGACAAGGACAUCUUUUCCCAUUGACUUUAAUAAUUAUCAGGUAUUUGUAGUUUUCGCCUAUUAAAAUACAUGUACCCAUCCCCCAGGGGCAGUAAUCUAAAUAAACACUGUCACACAGUCCCAGCUAGUAGGCCUAUAUUGGUUUAUGUCUUCAUGAAAGAAAAAUAUAAUUUGAAGUAAAAUUUGUGAAAAAAAAUACAUUUUAGCUCUUUUAUGUAUCGGAGUACAUGGAAGAGUAGACCUUGCCAUUAUGACAUAACAUACAUGUAUGCGGCCAAUUCGAAGUCUCCAUGGGUAUUGUGAUUACCAAUUUUUACAACUUUUAGAUAUUAAAAACUUUUGUUUGGUUGAUACUGUUCAAACUUUAACCAACUUCUCUGAUUUUUUGUUUUCCUCUAAAAACAAGUUAUUUGGGUUGGAUUCCCCUUUAACAAACUUUAUUUUAUAUUCAGGGAAAGCACCACAGGGGGGGGGGGUAAAUGAGGAGGGGGAUGAAGGAAAAGUAGAGGAUUAGAGGGCUGGGCCAUGCACUUCUAUAAUACCCCAGUCAUGUAAGUGAGACACAAUUACUUAAACAAGGACAAGUCCACCCCAACAAAAAGUUGAUUCGAAAAAAAAAGUGAAAAAUCCAACAAGCAUAACACUGAAAAUUUCAUCAAAAUCGGAUGUAAAAUAAGAGAGUUGUGACAUUUUAAAGUUUCACUUAAUUUCACAAAACAGUUAUAUUCACAUCCUUGUCGGUAUGCAAAUGAUGAGACUGAUGACAUCACUCACUAUUUCUUUUGUAUCUUAUUAUAUGAAAUAUGAAAUGUUCCAAUUUUCUCCGUUGUCGUGUGAAACAACGAUUAAUUCCUCCCUGAACAUGUGUAUCUACAGUGUAGCAUUGUUUAAUACUAUAUGGUUCAAUCAAGUUGGUCCUCAUUGUCAAAUCUGUAAAAAAAUGAAAUAAAUAAUUCAAACAAUAAAAAACGAAAGAAAUAGUGAGUGAGGGGCAUCAUCGACUGUCUCAUUUGCAUGACACUGAGUUGUGCACAUCACUGUUUUUUUUUUUAAGGGAAAAUUUAAAACUUCAUAACUUUCUCAUUUCACAUCCAAUUUUGAUGACAUUUUCAGCAUGCUUGUUUGAUUAUUUCCUAUUUAUUCAAAUCGACAUUUUUCUGGGGUGGACUUGACCUUGAAGGUUGUCUUACCCCCCCCCCCCCAAAAAAAAAAAAAAAAAAAAAAAAACUCAAAAUAUCCUGGCGCUGGCCCUGUUAAUGUUGGGAUUCCUUAUGUGCAAUAUUGUCUCAAAUUUAAUCAACUGUAAUGACUAAUUUGUGCAGUAUGACCUAAAGUAUUUGAAAGAGAAUUAUAUAUCUACCUGAAUGUAUGUGUAUGCUACAGUAUGUAUUUUUGCACUGUACACCUGUAUAAUAAAUAAUGAAACCUGUGCAUAUACGUACAAAGAACAGAUGCAAUAAAUUUCAUUUUCACUAAACAAACAGAUGUUGAUUAUUGAAAAAUGUUCAGCAGUAACAAGAUAUGUUAUGCAACUACAGUAACAGGUUUGGCAAUUAAUCUCUGAAAUACAUGUUUGUUAAUGAUGUUGGUAUUGUAUUUCACAUGUAUGUCAACUCUCUCUUUACUGGUAAAACCCCCCAAAAAAAUUAGAGAUCUUGGAAGUCAAACUGAACAGAAAUUUAACAAGUUAAUUGUGUAAACUCAUGCAGUUCAAUAAAGGAUUCAUUGUUUUUUCAGGUGAUACUAUUUACUAUCGUAUCAUCACCUCAUUUUUCAUACCUUUAAAAAGUGCCUUUCAUCUAUAAACCAUUACUUGAUUUGUUACAAAAAUACCUGUGUCUUGUGGAUGUUACAAAGUACAGGCACGAAAUAAGCGUGAAUAAAAUGAAGAAACAUCAUGUAUACUUGUCAUUCAUAUGUACAAUUAAUUGUGUUCACAGUUGUACAUCAUCUGUUGAGGGUGUUAUGUUUCGGAUAAAUGUAUUGUUAGAUAACUUUUAUGACAUUAUAGGCAUAAUAUAACUGAGCUUGAUCGAGUCAUUGCAGGUUUCUUUAUAGAUUACACAUGUCAUGCACAGCAAUGUAAGUAAAUUCUAGAAAUUCACUGUACAGUUUAAAACUCCCGUUUUAUAGUCGCCUCUACUACUUGCUUCUUCCAGUCUAUAGGCUACGUUUUCAGCCUAGUUUUCAACAACGAACCUAUACCAUGUAUGAGGAGAGUUGUUCACAAGUGACAUCACACAUAUUUGUCGCAUUGCCAAUAGGAGGAUUUCCAUAGCAUAAGUGAUCGCAAUAUUCAAAUGCUCAAAACUUUCUCAUUAUUUGUCUGAUUUUUCUCAAACUUUCGUUGAUCUGUUUCUUUGAUUUGUCCGUUUCACACAAGCUAUCUUGUUCCACUGUUUUUACUCAACUUUGUUAUUUAAAACUACACGUAACUAAACCUCUAAAAAAAAUUUUUGGAAAUCUCGAGUUUGGCCAUUAAUUUCUCCCAACUUUACACAAUGCAUAUGGGUCAAUCCACGUCAAAUCAACCAAUUUUCAGACAAUUUGUCACCCGACCCUCUUCGAUUUUCUUUAAACUCGCUUAAACAUGCUUCUGAAAACAUUGACACGGAUGCUUAACGCCAUUUUUGGUGACCUCGUGUGCAAAAUCUGGUCGACAGGUCCGCGCUGCAGUAUACUCUGCAUGUUUAGACCAAAAAGUUCUUCCAAUUUACUUAAAAUGGAGACUGUAAUCAAUCAAACUUUGCUGCAGUAGUCAAUCAAAAAUAGGCAAUUUUAUUUAAAAUAAUUUCUUUGAGUGCGCAUUGAUUGCUAUGGGAGGCCGUAUCUUAGCAACCAUUUGACCUUGGGGCAAAAUAUUUCAGAUUUUUCCGUCAGACACUUGGGGCAACAUUUGGUGCUAGUUUAAAGAAAAUCGAUGAGUCGGGUGACAAGCAUUGGUUGAUUUGACAUGGAUUGACCCAUAUUUGAUAUCAUUCAAAAGAUCAUUUAAAUUUCUUUAAAAUACCAUGCUUGUUAUGAUCAUGCCAUCACUAAAUGAGCAGGAUUCAAAAGUGUUGGAUGAGGUCUGAAUUGAAAAGCUGCAAAACGAGCAGACAUGAAGGGUCAGUAAAUAAAGAACAUCAUUCUUUUGUCUGUGUCAAUCCAUUCAAAUCAAGCCCCUGCUUCUUCAUUUUUGAUGUUUUGUUGUGGUUUAUGUAGUGAUGGUUCUGUGAGAUAACAUGGUUUGAGUCGUUUGAAAUACCCAUACAUGGUUCUUUGUUGUGUUUGCUUGUGCAGAGGUGUGUUUGAUUCCAUGCUGAUGUUGAUGUUAAGGUGCAUAAAAACAAAACAGACCACUGAGAAACUCACUCAUCCCCACGGAAAAAAAAAGAACAUUGACUUUUAAUAUUGUCAUUUUUCAACUUUUGAAUUGUGACCUGAUCUCACAUUUCAAGGCACUGCACCUCCAUAUUAACCAUAAUCAUAUCAUGUAGCGUAUCAUUUUAAAGAGAAUUAUAUGAUCUAUUCAUUGGUAUCAAUCACACAUUAAUAUUCACUAAGACCGAGGAGGGAUUAUCGAUCAAAGUCAGAUUUCCAAACAUUUUUUAGGAGUUUAUAAACAGUAUAUAUUUGCAUUCAAACUCUGAUAACACUAAAUCCUAGAUAGUCUUAAAAAUAAGAUUUCCUUUUGGAUUAAGUAUUGAAAUAAAAUAUCAUUACUAACGUACAGAGCUUCCAGGUUGAUUUUAUUUCAUUUCCACAUUUCAAUAACAAAAUUACAUACAAGUACAUGUAUAAUCAACAUUUAGAUAACUAUAAGCAAACAUUUUCCAAUAUAAUGAUACAUUACCUUACACACAUAGUAAUUAUACUUGGAAAUUUUUUAUUUCUUUAAAGUAUUGAAACAUGUAUAUUGAACUAAAGAAUAAACAAUAUCAUAAACUGAGAUGUGGGAGACCGCCAGCUUGAAAUUGAUGGAGGUCUCAAUGUUGACAUAUGAGAACAAAAGGCACAAAAUGCACAAUGGAAUGUCAACUAGUCUAUCAUAACACAAAUACCAAAAUGAUUAUCAUUUCUUUGAAAAUCACAAAUUUCUUAUUCACAUAUGUACAUAAAUUAUUUUAGAUAGCAAAAAUCUGUAUGACGGAGUUGGACAUGUUUGUACAUUAUUUCAUUUCCCUUUUAAUAUGGAUGAUCAUUUGUACAGCGUGACCACAAAAAAUGUUAAUUAAUGGCACUUUAGAUGGGUAUAACAUUAAAAUUAUAACAUUGUAUCCUUUA